AUGGAGAAACCGAGCCCACCGGACCAUGUUGAGGAGCGCAAGGAUGAGACCAAGACCAGUCCUGAUGUGUCCAGUCUCGAGGAGAACGGUGAGAACCGUGCUUUCCAGUUCGAUGAAAAGCGGGGCAAGAAGCUCAAUAGGCGCUUAGAUGCCAGACUGUUGCCCUUGCUCUGCUGGGUUUAUCUUCUCAAUUUCUUGGAUCGCGGCAACAUUGGCAAUGCUCGGGUCCUCAACGCCGAGACCAACGAUGACCUCUUGAGCCAGACCAACAUGACUUCUGAUGGCUACGCUGUCACUGUAACGCUGUUCUCGGUUGCGUACGCGAUCUUUGAAGUCCCUAGCAACUGGGUCAUGAAGCAUUAUGUCCGCCCAUCGUUAUGGUUGGCAUUCCUGCUUUUUGCGUGGGGAUGUCUCACCAUUGGCACAGCUGGUGUGCAGAACUAUGCCACUGUCGUUUCACUACGCUUCCUGGUGGGCGCAUUCGAAGCUGGCUUCUUCCCGGGUAUUGUCUACCUGAUCACCAUCUGGUACCGACACAACGAGAGGGCGCUCAGGAUCGCACUGGUGGUGGCAUUUUGCAACCUCGCAGGAGCUUUUGGCGGCAGCAUCGCUUACGGGAUUGGCCAUGUCAAUGGCGCCGGUGGCUUGGAAGGAUUUCGAUGGCUAUUCAUCAUCGAAGGCAUCAUCACCGUGAUUAGUGCCAUCCCUUUGUGGUUGUGCCUCCCCGACUAUCCGGCUCGUGCAAAGUGGCUGAACGAGGAUGACAAGCGCUUCGCCGAGGACAGGCUGAAGGAGCAUGGAGGUGGUUACAACCGUGACCAUGCCACCAAAAAGGAGUGGAGAGCGACGGCCUUCUCUCCCCGGAUGCUGGCACAUUACGCUGCCUACAUCGCCGAUGUUGUCCCUCAAGGUUCCUUCACAUUCUUCACGCCCACCAUCGUCACCGGCCUUGGAUACGAGUCUGUGCAUGCGCAGCUUUUGACCGUCCCUCCUUGGGCUGUCGGUUUCGUCGUUGCCAUCUGCCUUUCCUAUUCCGCCGACCGCUUCGAUGCUCGCGGCUGGCACAUAACAGGUGCCUCGAUCGUCGGCGGUAUCGGCUGGCUGACAGCUGGCUUACUCCCGCACGAUGCCUAUAUCGCGCGAUACGGCUGCUUGUGCAUGGCUGCGUGCGGAGCAUUCCCCUGCGCGCCUUCGUUAACCAACUGGGUGACCUGCAAUUCCCCAAGCCUACUCACCAUUCCCUUCGCCAUCGCCAUGAACAACUCGUGUGCCGGACUUGGGCAAAUCAUCUCGCAGUGGAUCUGGAAGCAGAAUGAGCGGACAGAUGGGUAUCCGACCGGCAAUUUCGUGUGCGCUGCCUGUUCCUUCUACGUGGCGGCAACCGCGAUUGCGCUGAGGAUCACAUACGGGCGAAUGAACAAGAAUGGGACACUAGAUGCUCGGGGCGAGAAACGCAUUUGGUCGUACUGA